CAAAGUCCAAACAGCUGUAUUUGACAGUUUUCCAUCGUUGCGUUGUCACAUAUUUUGGCAGGCAGGUUGAAAAUGUGUUUGUUUUUGUACCAAGGUAUCCUGCAAAAAUAAACCUGCAGUGCAAAUUUCAACAAACCUCAUAAUAAACACGUAUGUGAAUAGAGAUAAGAAUGUAAAAAUAGACCAUUUCACUCAGUAAAGGCACGUAAUAAGGACUGCUAACUACAAUCUGUCUAUAAUUUUUCGUUUACUUCUCCAGUGAAACUUCAGAAGUAACAAAAAAGAAUAUAUAUUUUUCGACUUAGAUGGGUAUUAAAGACUCAUUUAUCUGGUAUCAAAAAAAAAUUGGGACUUACGACAAACAACAAUGGGAAACCAGUAUAGAACAAAAAAUUCUUAAUGGUUUGAAUAACAUAUCAAUGAGGAGUACAAAACCCAACACCAAUCUAAUUGAUCUUGAUUUAGUGAGAGGUUCAUCUUUUACUAAAGCAAAACCGCAGCAUGGACUCAUAACUGUGGCCAAACAGGCAACUCUACGAUGUCUUUUGUUGCCUUUUUUUGCAAAGUGGUGGAUUCAACGUACAUCGAAGACUGAAUUUGGCAUUUUUCUCUCCCUUUACCUGCUAUUAUGGACUAACAUAACUAUUUACUUUGUUCAAAGACAUUCUUCGAAAGAAAUAGAUAUAUCGAUGGUUCUGCCAUACACAGAAAUUCUUACACCCCUCACCAUGACCUGGGUUUUGACACUUAUAUUCUCUCAAAUAGUUUCAACUAAGCCUCUGAUUGAAACUUCGCAAAAGACGGGAUGCCAGAAACCAAGGCAAUUCAGAAAAAGGAGAAAUCAGAUACGGAAAAAUGAUUCACGAGUAUCUUUUGCUGAUUCAUCAGUGGAUCCAUUGACCCCCAAAGUAACUGUGACAAAAGCAGAAGAAAUUGACAAUGUUGGUGAACCUGCCCAAAAAAAUGGUGAGACUGAAGAAGUUCCUACUGCAAGUGAUAACGGCAGCAAAGAAGCAGAAGAUAACCUAGAUAACAAGAAUAAUGCUGAGAGGCCAAAUAAAUGUUAUUGCAAGGGCAGAAGGCCAUUAAACUUAUUAGCAGUCAGAAGAACUCGUAAUCAGGGUGAUGAUGAUGGUUUUGAGAGUUUCUGUGGUAAUGGAUCUCGUACUAGUGAAGAAGAAGCUCCAACCUCCCCAGAUUGCCAUGUUUGCAAGAAAUGCAACAGGUGGAUUAGGCAGGUACAAGGUGUGAAGAAAUUUUUGGACAAUAGAUCUAACAGUGAAAGUAGAGCAUUCAGUUCUGAUAGUGAAAGUGAGUCAGAUAUAAGAAGGUUGCCCUCAGCUUUGAGAAAAAUGAACUAUUCUCAUAUGGAAAGUACAUUAGAAGAUACAGAUGAAUUCACUGAGCAGGUGGAAUGGAUGGGUGUUACUACUAACAGUGAUGAUUGUAGCUACAGUUCAGAUAUGGACGAUGUAAGAAGCAAUAGUAGGUUGAGGAGCAGCUAUGAAUAUAACUAUACUCCUACUGCUAUAUUGAACCCACCAAGUGCAAAAGUUAGCUGCACUGUUUGGGAAGGUCGAGAUAUAAAAAAGGCAGACUUGUCAAUGUUAGACAUCAGCUCAGCCAUCAUUGCCAGGGUAGAAGCCACUCCCGAAUCAAUGGAUUAUUUUUACAUGGGAGUCUGCAUUUCUGUUGUACUUGCUUUCUUACCAAUCAUUCAUCGUGCUGCUAAGGAUAUAAUCUCAUUUGCGGAAUUUGAAGAAAUCAUCUUUAAUUUCGAAGCAGAUGUCACUUACAACAGACUCUGGAACGCUUUGGCGAACAUUUUGAAUGACUGCUAUGGAGUAACUUUAUGGGAGAGGUUAUUCAGAAUAAACGCAUCUAUUCAGCGGUGCACUCUGGCUGCGUUUUAUUUUUUCCUUUUGUCUGUAGCAGAAAGGACUUUCAAACAACGUUUUCUCUAUGCAAAGCUAUUCUCACAUCUGACUUCAUUUCGAAAGGCACAAAAAUCGAAACUUCCCCAUUUCAGAUUAAAUAAGGUUAGGAAUAUAAAGACUUGGUUGUCAGUUAGAGCCUAUUUAAAGAGAAGGGGACCACAAAGAUCAGUGGAUGUUAUUGUAUCCACAGCCUUUAUUCUCAUGAUGAUGCUUAUGUCUUUCCUUUGUAUGGAAUUGUUGAAGGAAACACUGUCUUUGAAUAUAUUGUCAAACGUUGAAGCUCUAGUUUGGUGUUUUGGACUUGGCAUCUUUCUGCUACGGUUUCUGACUUUGGGCACAAGAAUAAAUAAGAAAUAUAGAAACUUAUCAGUUCUUCUGACCGAACAGAUAAAUCUGCAUUUGCAAAUCGAGCAGAAACCUCACAAAAAAGAAGAAUUGACUGUGGCUAACAAUGUGUUGAAACUGGCCAUUGAUCUUUUAAAGGAGUUGGAGAGCCCCUUCAAAAUAAUAGGUUUCUCAGCUAAUCCUAUAAUUGCAAACAUCAUGAAAGUGGUAAUACUUUCUGCUUUCUCAGGUGUUCUAUCUGACAUGUUAGGUUUCAAAUUGAAACUACAUAAAAUCAAAAUCAAAUGAGUUUUAUUUAUUGACUAAGGGACGUUUCUGAAAACACGAAAAUAUUUAUUACACAUAGAAAUACUGCUUUUCUAAAUUGCAUAAUAGAUUAAUUAAAAAAUUGUGAAAAUAGAUACAUAGUUCGCAGAGAAAUGUGGUUCACAAAAUGCUAUUAGAAUUGUUCAAUUGUUUAAUGCCUUUCUAAAAUCUCGACAAAAUGCUUAUUUUGGUAUUCCCUACCAAAGUGCAUCUAACUUUUGGUGUUUUCUGAAACUGAUUUGAAGUGAUAUUAGAGUAGUGAUAGUGAUAUUAAUUUUAAGUAAUUCAGUUCAACUUGGAUUUUAUUUAUACAUGUUAUCAAAUUAGAUCAUAUCUAAUUAUUUUUUUAUUAUGUUGUAAUAGUAAUGCACUGACUUAUCUUCCAUAUUAUACAUUCUAGAUAAAAAAAA